UGAUGCGGGGACUUUGCUCAGAUUUAAAGACAAAUUUACUGGAGAAAUUGUUAAGUAAAACAAAAAUGUAAAAUUGGUCACACUUAACAGUACUUCACAGUGGAGGUGGACUGCAAUCAGGGACUAAAUCGCAGGAAGAAGGAGCAGCCAUGUGCGAACAAUGGCAGACAACACACGUAGUACACAUUUCGUACUGCAGGAAAUACAUCAUGGACACCUUCCAUUUUUUUACCUUUAUUUAGGCAGUUUUUCUUUUUUGCGGCAUUUUCUAAAGAUGGAUCCUGUCUUUUAUUUUUAAAACCACGGAUAAGUGAACACUUGGCCCCGGAAUGUGCGAACUGGUGUACAAAGACUUUUGCGCAGAUAAGCGAAUUUGCGAAAGAGGAAGUCGUAAACGGACACCUCUCACUUUAUGGUAUUAAAAGUUUACAGUAUAAACCAACAGGGAUUUUGUGCCAGUUGCUGUGCAAAUCAUCAUACCAGAGGAGACUGUUCACAAAUAAGAACAUGAUGGUGGAACUGGACAGCAACACAGGUGUUGCAGUGAUUCAGAUGAAGAAACCUCCAGUUAACAGUCUAAACCUGGAAUUCCUCACAGAAUUUGCCAUUAAUAUGGAGAAACUUGAGAUGGACCGGGAGUGUCGGGGUGUAGUUCUCACUUCUUCUAUUCCUAAGAUCUUUUCUGCUGGUUUGGACAUCAAUGAGAUGUAUGGGAAGACACCCGAGCAUACGGGGGAGUUCUGGAGAGCUGUUCAGGAAAUAUGGUUGAAGUUGUAUGGAUCCAAUCUGGUGACGAUAGCUGCAAUUAAUGUUUCCAGAAUCUGCAGUAUUUUACUUUUACCUGUUCACUUUACCUCAUUCGAGCAAAGCAUCCAAAAAAUAGAGUGCCUUCCACAAAUAAUCUGCCCUGCAACAUCGGAACCAGGAGCCAGCCCUGCUGGAGGCUGCCUCUUGGCUAUGGCAUGUGACUACCGAAUCAUGGCAGAUAAUCCAAAAUAUGCAAUAGGCCUAAAUGAGACCAAGCUUGGAAUUGUUGCACCAUUCUGGUUCAAGGACACCAUGAUAAAUGUCAUUGGAAGGAGGGCCACAGAGCAUUCUCUCCAGCUUGGUCUCAUGUACAGUACAUCAGAGGCCUUGAAAAUUGGACUUGUUGACCAGCUGGUAGCACAAGAUAAAAUUAUGACAACAGCUUUGAGUGUAAUGUCAGAAUGGUUGGCUAUUCCAGAUCAUGCUCGGCAAAUUACCAAAUCCAUGAUGAGGAAGCCAACACUCGAUCAACUUUUGACCAACAGGGAAUCGGAUAUACAAAAUUUUGUGAAUUUCAUCAGUAAAGAUUCCAUUCAGAAGUCGCUUCAGCUGUACCUGGAGAUGCUAAGACAAAGAAAAGGCUGAGUAAAUGUGCCCUUAAACAGGGUUCCAGUGUAGUUGUACACAUGAUGUGAUGGACAAUCAUUCCUAGGAUUCUUUGAACAAUUCUCCUUUCAAUUAAUUUUUUCAUCUUUUUUCAAAAUGACUUUGCAAAAUGUAUACAAUUUAUAUCCUAACUCUUUGUGAUAUCAAACCUGAAAAUUGCUAAUUCUGCUGUCAAUGUCUUGGCAGAGUUGAUUGUUUAAUUUAAUCUGGGAUAAUAAAUUGCCUGUUGGGUGCAUGAUUUUUCUUUAAGUAAUUAAGCACAUCUACAAAAUGUGCUUUUUACUUUUUUAGUUAAAUUUAGAUCAUGAGUUUCAUAUACUCGAGUGUUCAUCAAUUUAUUUUUUUGUUGAAAAGCUAAAUAUUGUUUACAUUUUCUGUUUUAUGGAGUACUUUUUAAAAAAAAAAGUGUUUCAAAUGAAAAAGAAGAAAUUUCAGUUUCUAGGUCUAUAUUCAGAAACAAUUUACAGCAUUAGUUAUAAUAUGGGCUAUUUAAAAUUUUUAUACUAAUAUUGUCUUUUUGAGUUAUGUUAAUGAAGUGGUGGACUCAUGAGGAUAUAGCAAUGUUAGAAAAUGGAUGUAACAACAGAAGGGGACGUUGCUGAAGCAUUCUGGGUGGAAAUUAACAAAAUGACAAAAUGACACACAGCAAUUGUUUUCAUUUACAUUUACAUUGCACCUUUAAUGUAAAAAAAAAAUCUCAAAUUAAUUUACAGGGACAUAUGGGGAAAUACCAAAACAAAGAAGCCAUGAUUAGGAGAGGUGACCAAAGUUUGGUUAAAGAGAGUCUUAAUAGGAAGACAGGAGUUGGUGAAGGGAUUUAAAGAGAGAAUUGUAGAGCAUGAGGUCCAGGUGGCUGAAAAUACAACUGUCAAUGAUGGGGAAAAAGGAUGGAGGAUGCACAAUGCUGGAGUUAGAAGACGGGAGAAUAUGCAGAAGGGCUGGUGAAGGUAACAAAGAUAGGAAUUGGGUGAAAUCAUGGAGGUAUUUGAACAGUCCAAAUUAUGUAGGAAUGAAUUAUUUAAACAGGAAAUAGUAAUGUGAUAAUCAGUGAUAACAUAGUUGAGGACAAUGUAGAGCCUGAGGUAAAAGUUUAAACCUUUCGUAGAGCAAGUCAGUGACAGCUACUAAAGACAAUGUGAGAAGUAGAUACAGUAUAGCUCAGAUUAAAUAGUAAGCUGGUAGUAAUGAGUUGAGUCCGGGGAUAAUUUUGCAUUAAGGCCAAACAGUAACUUUAGGGUGGAAAGUCUUAAAACAACUGUAUUUAUUAAAAGGCAGUAAUAGAAAAGCAGAGAAAAUUGAAAUUUUAAGAAACAUAAUAAAUACCUCAAGAGGUGUGAAGACCACCCCCUCCUCCAAGCGCAUGCCCUAAGACGAUGGACUUCCAUUGGAUUGGUCCAUGAUUAUGCUUGGCAAAGUACCCCAGUGGUUUGCCAUUGCCUUCUGCAGUAAGGCUGACCUGGAAAUUGUCCCGCUUUUACCAUCUGCCUUCAGGUGUAUUGGAAGGAUUUACAGGUUGAUAAUUAACCUAUUUGCCCAUGUUUGAAUAGGCCAUUAAGUCCUGGAGUAGGACUUGAACCCAGAGCUUCUGGCCCAGAGGUAGGGAUGCAACCUGCUGCCCCACAAGACCACUGUAUAAAUAAAGGAUAUGACCUGAUAAACAAGUAUACAAGAUUGAAGUGUCAGCUUUUAGUGGUAACCUACUGUGAUGGGUUCAGAACUGGCUGGAAGUAGUUGUAGAUGAACUUGCAUCUACUUGGAGUUUGAUAACAAAUGGUGUCCCAAAGACAUUUGUGUUAGAACUAUUACUGUUUACUAUAGUUAUCAAUGAUCUAGACAUGGGCAUUGAGAAUCACUAACAAUAACUUCCCCUUCCACUCACAUGGACCUCAUCUUGACCCACCUUCUAUUUCUCAUCUGCAUGCAUCCUCUCGGCAACAUCAACCGAAAACAUGUAAGGUUCGCAUAUACAUUGCCAACACCAGUUCUACCUCACCACCACCUCUAUUGACCUCUCCACUGUCACAGAUUUAUCUCGCUGCUUUCCUCCAAUUAAAUAUUGGGAUAACCUAGGCUGUUGCCUGGAGUCCCUGCCACAAACGAUUCCAUCCCUCUCCCUGGCAACAAUCUGAUGCUGAACCAGACUGUUCACAAUCUUGAGGUCUUAUUUGAUCCUGAGCUGAACUUCUUAAAAAGAUUUAUUAGGAUAUGGGUGUUGUUGGAAAGGCCACUCAAUCCCAGUGGAGUGCUAGUGACUGGCUCCAUGCAGGACCUUUAUUAAUAACAAAUGCCUUCCUGCAGAAUGAAACUAUUCCCCUUAUUCAACCCAAAAUCUGCUCACCAAGCUCACAAGACGCAACCUUGCUUAGUAGACUCCUGUGCAACACUUAAAGGCAAUUUGAAAGUCGAGAAGUACGAAUAUAUGAGCAAAUGGCGCACAGAACAUAGCUCACAUUUCUUGUACCCUGUGGUGAAAUGGUAAAUAGUGUGAUUCAUUUUGAGGUCAUUAGUGGUGGAAACGCUUGAGAGUGUUAAAUGAGCCCUCAUCCGUGCCUUUGUUACCUAUAGUCUUGGCUAUGCCAAUACCCCCCUUAAACUUGAAUUCAUCCAAAACUCCGUUGCACAUAUCCUAACUCGCAUGAAGUCCUGUUCAUCCAUCACCCCCAUGCUUGCUGACCUACAUUAGCUUCCACAGCAGCAAUGCUUUGAUUUUAAAAUUAUCAUCCUUGUUUUCAAAUCCCUCCAUGGCCUCACCCCUCCCUAUCUCUGUAAUCUCCUCCAGCCCCACACCCCUCCCACAUAUCUGCGAUACUCCAAUUCUGACCUCUUGCUGUUUUAAUUUUGCCAUCAUUGGUGGUUCUGGCCACAGCUGCUUAGAUCCUAAGCUCUGAAGUUCUCUUUCUAAACCUCUCUGAUUCUCUCUCACCCCCUUUAAUAUACUCCAAAACCUACCCCUUUGACCAUGUUUUUGGUCACCUGUUCUAAUAUCUCCUUACAUGGCUUGAUAUCAAAUUCUCUUUGCUCCCCUGUGAAAUACUGUUGGGAUGUUUUACUAUGUUAAAGUUGCUAUCUAAAUGCAAGUUGUUGUCAAUGCUCUGGAAUCAGAGGGACCAUAAUGAAGAGUAGCAGCAUGCAUUUAAAAACUCUCUCAUGUCUCACUGAUUUGAAUUUCUUGGAAAGUGGAAAAAGCAAACUAGUCAAUAAUUUAAUUGGACUUCCAGAAGGCAUUUGAUAAAGUUCCAGAUAUUAGCAUUUCAUAGAUAUCAAAUAUCAUGGAAUUCGACAUAUAUUAGGUAGUAAGGCUUUAUGGUGUUAGUUUGAAAUUGGGUAGUUGGCUUGAAAUCUCCAGUGCCAUUGCUUCUAAUAUUGCCUCAAUAUUGUACACUAUUUUAUAUUGGCUGUAGGAGUAAAUUCAAGUAAUCAAUAAAGUAUUAUUCUGUU